AUGAGCGGUACCCCAGCGUGUCGCCGUCCCGAAUCGAUCGAAGGAAGGAAGUCUUUGGCAGAUGCCGCUACUUUACUCAUAGAAAGAGUUGUCCGAGAUCUGCAGGAUCUGAAAAGAUUCCUCGCAAGAGAUCAGGCGGAGGCAGACUUGGAAAGAUUUGAGCUGAUGGAAAAAUGUCGAAAAGCAGAAAUGGAGGCAGAAGCGCAGGAGGGGAAGGCCCGGGAUUAUCUAAGACGGAUUAGUAUGUUGGAGUUCGCAUUGAAGAGGGAGAGAGCACAGGCGUAUCUUGAGGUUGAUGUUGGUAUGAUACAGAUCAUGCCCAUUUAG